CAAAACUGCAAUCAACCCGAAAGUGAUUUGCACCUUUUUUUUGUUCUUCACUUUCAACAGAUCGGCUGUUCCUACAUCCAAGAUCCUCGACAUGAGCCAAAUAUCAGCAGCUCAACGCCUUUACGUUAUUCGACGGACGUUUGAGCACGGAUCCUGAUAUUAGCCCAACCUGCUCAAGCAAGCUUCGAACUUGGAGACAGUUGCCCCUCAUUGUGAGCAGCAGCAGCAGCAGCAGCAGCAGCACCAAAUCGACGGGAAUCUCUAGUGCAAGGCACAGACAGGUAGAUGAGGCCCCUGACAGCUCUACACCCUUUGGUGAACCACAAUUGACCAAUGAGAAACCCCCAUUGACUCUGACCGCCCCGUUGGUGCCAAGCGGCGCUGUGCCGGGGGAGCUCGGACCACAUCUCUCCCCUCCGGCGCUUCGCUUGAGGAUUUUCUUUCCUUCCGUCCUUUCCCCAGUCUCCACUGCACCCGACCCCGACUCCAAAUCUGUCCUAAUCCCGCUCCAAUUCCCCCCCGUCUCUCCUGCCAACCCAACCAACCAUCCAGCCCGUCACCCACGACACCCAACCAGCAACCUCAGCACGGUGGCGUCAAGCUUGAAGUGAGCUUCCUCCAGUGACAGCUCACUGAACUCCCCGGCUCGAGACCCCCCCUUUCCGAUCUCGCCAAUUCGAACUCGUCCGUUCCCCGGAAGAAUUCAAAAGUUUGAGUGGAGUCGCGACAGCCCCGAGAAGAAGCAACCUUUUCUUUUCCCCUCCCAUUUGGACUUGGGCCUUUUCCUACCACAACACAAUAGACUCUUGUUGUAUUACUUCUUUUCACCCCCUCUCAUAUGUAUUGGAACCUAUAAUCUUAUCUUCAAGUCCUAUCGUGUAAUUCGGCCUAAUCCAUCCGGCUAUCCGACUUCGCCGAACUCCCUGAGGUAUACCUCCACCGCCUUUGCCUUUCUUUGCGCGCACAGUUACAGACACGUUGGGUUGCAAACUCAAAACACAAAUCACCACCAUGGGCGCGUUUACGAAGGCCGCAUAUUUUCUCCUCCAUCCCAACCAGUUGAGGUCCAUCGUACAAUGGAAGGUAUGGCAUGAGCCCGUCCACAGGCGCGACCCUUCCAAGGAGACCGAGACGGAGAAGGCAUGCUUCCGCCAUCUCGAACUGACCUCGCGGUCAUUCUCCGCCGUCAUCCAGGAGCUCAACCCCGAGCUCCUGAUGCCCAUCUGCCUCUUCUACUUGGUACUUCGUGGCCUUGAUACGAUCGAGGAUGACAUGACUAUCGAUCUUGCCAAGAAGGAGCCCUUACUGCGCGAGUUCGCCGAUUUGAUGGAGAUUGAUGGCUGGACCUUUACCGAGAAUGGCCCUAACGAGAAGGAUCGUGAACUCCUGGUUCACUUUGACGAUGUCAUUGCAGAGUUGAAGAAGGUCAAGAAGCCUUACUACGACAUCAUUCGCGAAAUUACGGUCAAGAUGGGUAACGGUAUGGCCGACUAUGCCUUGAACGCCGAGCACAACACCAACGGUGUUAACACCAUUGAGGAAUACGAGCUCUACUGCCAUUACGUGGCCGGUCUCGUGGGCGAGGGUCUCACCCGCCUGUUCGUCGAGAGUAAUCUCGCCAACCCAGCGCUCCUCGAGCGUAUGGAGCUGACGGAGAGCAUGGGUCAGUUCCUUCAAAAGACCAACAUUAUCCGUGACAUUCACGAGGAUUACGUCGACAAGCGACGAUUCUGGCCCAAGACAAUUUGGAGCAAGUAUGUCAACACAUGGGACGACAUGUUCAAACCGGAGAACCGGGAAAAGGCGCUCCAGUGCAGUUCCGAGAUGGUCCUCAAUGCGCUCAAGCACACCGAAGAUUGUUUGUUCUACAUGGCCGGUAUGCGCGACCAGAGUGUGUUCAACUUCGUCGCUAUCCCCCAGGCUAUGGCUAUCGCAACAUUAGAACUCGUCUUCCGCAACCCAGCCAUUUUUGAGAGAAACGUCAAGAUUACCAAGGGUGACGCCUGCCAGCUCAUGAUGGAGUCGACACAGAAUCUUCGCGUAGUGUGCGAGGUGUUCCGCAGAUACGCGAGGAGGAUACACAAGAAGAACGAUCCAAGAGAUCCCAAUUACCUGGCAAUCAGCGUCCAAUGCGGAAAGAUCGAGCAAUUCAUCGAGUCCAUUUUCCCCACCCAAGACCCCAAGAAAAUCGCACUCGCUCAGGCCCAAAAUUCCAACCAAACAGCGGCAAACACCACGGACAAUGGUGACACCACCUUCCUGGUCUUGUCCAUGAUUGGUGUCCUGUUCGUUAUGGGCGGUCUUAUGGUGGGUAUUUCUAUUGGAGCCGCGUGGCUCAUGGGUGCUCGAUUCGACAUGGCCUACGAAGACAUCACAGCGAGAGUCGGCACGUUGGUUAAUGGUGCCGCUGCUGUCUCGAGUGCCACAGUAUCCAGCAUUCCCACAACGGUGAUGCAUCAGGAGUUGUAAUGCAUCAGCCAUCAAUUCGAUCAACACCCUUUAAUGACCGGCGCCUGAUCGGAUCUUUCGACACCACAAACAGACGACCAACGAUAGAUCGGUUUAAGCCAGCAUGUAAUAUCUCAUGUGAUAUUGAAUUAGCGAUGACUUUCGUAUGAUUACGAGGCGAGUACCUUCUUGCGCGGGCGAUAUAAAGGUAAUUUUCUGGUUUGGGAGACGCGGCAAGCUGGGCGUUCGUGGUCGGGGAAGGGGUACGGCGAUGCCCCUUUUAUGUUCCCUGACCCAGCCCCUGAUGAAAGAUCAGUGUGCCUCGUGGCCUGGGUUUCGAGGAACGACAACUACUAACAUUGUUUUAAUAAACGACCAUUGAACCUUCUUUCCCCCUCUCCGUUCAUCUACCUCUGAGGAGAUCUGGGAAUGGGCAGUCAGUCUCAAAUGAUUGCUGCCCUUCCUUCAAUCGUUGACAUGAACAUGUGUACGCAAAGCUAGCACGGAUGUCAAAUUGCAAUCUAGUCGCGUUCCCUCUUCAUGAGAGAACCAUCAAUGGCUAUGGUUGUGCCGAAGAUGUGCUGAAAUCAAACCUCACUCUGCAAGUAGCCUGGUAUCCGGGCACGUCGUCAUCAGGGACUCACUUUCUACGGCAAGGAGUCUGUUGCCGGCGGAUUGCGUACAUUUUAUCGUUCAACCUCGAUCCUAUGAAUAUUACCCUACACAAAUAAAAAUAAAAAAUUGACUUGCACCUCUU